CAACAGCGCCCUCCGCAGGUCACACAGAAACCCAACAGCGCCAGCGCAGCAGUCCUGGGACACUUCUAACCCAGCUUUAUACAUAGUUGUGAUGUUUUUAAAUAUUUCACAAUGUCCGAAAUGCUGCUGAAAGAGCUGGAGGAAAUUUCUCUCGGCCCUGUUAAGAUGGAAGAGGAGACGGAAAGCGGACGCAGUUUUCUCCUGGUGGACGAAAACGAAAGCUUGCAGGUGAAGGACGAAGCCCGAUUUUUGCAGCGGUUGGGCUGCAGCGCUGCUCAAGGAGUCAAAGUUCUCUCCAUCUUCGGCAACACGGGCGACGGCAAGUCCCACACCCUCAAUCACGUUCUGUUUGACGGCGAGGAAGUGUUCGCUACGUCUCCUUCCCCGGCCUCCUGCACUGUGGGCGUGUGGGCCGCUUACGAUCCCAACCUGAAAUUGAUAGUGCUGGAUACGGAAGGCCUGCUGGGUGCCUCCAGUCAACAGAACCGCCGGAUGCGUCUACUGCUGAAGGUUCUGGCCGUGUCAGACGUGGCCUUAUAUCGCACACGGGCCGAGAGGUUGCACAACGACAUGUUUCAGUUUCUGGGCAGCGCGUCGGCCGCUUACCUGAAGCACUUUACCCCUGAGCUCCGGGCACUUUCUAACCGGUGUGGGCUGGACGUGCCUCUGUCCAGUCUGGGGCCUGCUGUUAUAGUUUUUCAGGAGACCUCUCGGACGCAGCUGUUGGGUCAGGGUGAGUCGGCACUGAACGAUGGCUCUGUCCCGGGGCAAGCAGACACACUCCUUCAAAAGCGUUUUCACGAUCUGGGCCAGAGCACAGAUGCCUUCAGCUCAGUUCAGUAUGUGGGGACUCAGACCAUCACGCCCCCUACAGACUACACACAGUUACUGCACAUAGUCAAUCAGCAGGUGAAAAACACGGCCACACGAGCCCCGCGACAGCCUGCUAUUGUGUUCAGUGCGCUGCAGGCUUUGAGCAACAGGUUCUGUGGUGAGAUCUCGGAUGAUAAAAUCAACAUAUGCUCCUUCUUUCCUGAUGAAUAUUUCACUUGCCCGUCAACGUGUCUCAGCUGCAGUGUGCGGUGUAAGAAUGGCAUGAACCACCAGAAAGACGGCAUGCCUCACAUGGCUGAUGGACUGUGCCAGUAUGGCCACCAAUACAACAAUAAAGUUCUCAUCUGCAAGCGGUGCUAUGAGGGUGGAAGGGAAGUGAUUGUUGUGCCCAAAACAUCAGCCUCUUCAGAAAACCAAUGGAUUGGUCUGGCCAAGUAUGCAUGGUCUGGUUAUGUUUUAGAGUGUGCCAACUGUGGCAUCAUCUACCGCAGCAGACAGUACUGGAUGGGCAACCAGGACCCAGAGAGCGGCGUGGUGCGGCCGGAGGUCAAGCACGUGUGGCAGGGGACUGACACCUUCCAGACGGACCAUCAGAAUGCUGCUCAGCGGGUUUUGGAUGGCAUGAAUUAUAUCAUCCAGUCAGUGUCUGAAUACAGUUCAGGCCCCACUAAAGCUGUGACUGCCUGGCUUACAGAUCAAGUGGCUCCUCCAUAUUGGAAACCCAAUGCUGAAAUCAUUAAAUGUAACGGCUGUAAUAGAAAGUUUGAAGAAGCGGAGAGGAAACAUCACUGUCGAGCGUGUGGCGAGGGUUUCUGUCAGGCCUGCUCAACACACAGCAUGCCCGUGCCUGAGAGGGGUUGGGGCGGGACCCCCGUCAGAGUGUGUGAUGCCUGUUACCAGCAGGGAGGAGCUCCACAUGCUGGACAGGUGGCACAGAUGGAACCUCGAGCCCUCGUCGCCCGCAGAGUCACCGAAGUAGCUCAAUCCACCUUUGAUAUGGUCUCUACCGCAGUAGAUUACCCCCUCUGUUUGGUGAAAGGAGUCGCGAGGCCAGAAUAUUGGAUCCCGGAUCGUGAGAUCAGUCAGUGCCACUGUUGCACUAAGACCUUCACCCCCAGCAUGUCAAAGCACCACUGCAGGGCAUGCGGUCAGGGAGUGUGCAGCAAGUGCUCCACUAAUACCAGGCCCGUGCCCUCUCGCGGCUGGGACCACCCGGUGCGGGUGUGCGACAGCUGUGCGGACCGAAGAGAUUCCCUUUGAUUUCUCCAUGCUCUGCAGACCCCGCCGUGCCUGUGCAGCACCGAUCAGCCCUUUAUUUACAGUUCUGUCCUCGUACAGCUGCUGCUUGGUGUUCAGAACCGGUUCGUAGGAAACACUCUGGAGGCUUAAGUUGAAUAUGAAACUAAUGCAGUGGUGUAGACAAACUCUCCGGAAAUGGCGAAAGAUGAGGAAUUAGAUUUUUUAAUAGCAAACAUGACAACGAAGAAUCUAGUUUUAACUUGUGUUGGUUAGUGCUGGCACUGAGAUUACUGUAUGUGUAUGUAGAACGUUAAAAUUUCUAUUCCCUAAGAUUACAUUUAUCCUCCGUAAACAAUACAAUAUAAGUCAGAGAAUUAUAGAGUAAAUAUUGAAUCACAAGGACAACUAGAAAUAAAAUUUCUGUCAUAUAUUUACUUAUAUUGUCCCCAGCAAGAUGAGAUUCGAGAGCUGCAGCAUCUAGAAAAUAUUUUUAUGUUGUUAUUGUAUAGCUUUAUAAAAUUUGAAAUAUAGCACAGGAUGAUGUUGUACCCUUUUGCUUUUAGACCCCGCACAGUAUGUCGCCAUUCAUAAGAGUAUGCAAAUAACCACAUAAUAGUUGUAAAUGGUGACAGAAUUCAUCAUUUUUGGGGGAACUAACCAUUAAGCAUAUCUACUACGUUGCAAUUUAUCAUAGUAAGAUAAUUUGGUACUUUUACUUUAUUAUAGAUAAAUAAAUAAUAAAGCCUUUGAAUAUGAGACAACAAAGUUGCUUUUCAUUAAUGAAGUUUUAUACUUCAUUUCAGGAACAGGAAUAUGUGUAGUGAUUAUUAUUAUUUAAUGUAGUUGCAGUGAUUUAUACAUUUAGAAUUCACAUUCCAGUUGAUUUACAGUUUAUCCUGUGAGCUCAUAUCUCAAUAGUACUUCAAUACUGAGGACUUUUUCAUUUCUUGAAUUGAUGACUGCACUUUAUCUAAUCUGCUGUGUUGUGGUCAGUUGUUUUUCUUUAGUUGAGAGCCAUAUAAUUACAGAACGAUGCAACUGUACAUGUAAUGUUGUGUAUAAAUGUGCCUGAGAGAUCUCAACCACUAUCUAACAUGUUAACUUGUAGCGUCGCAUUAUUUCUGGACAUGGGUAUGUGGAUGUUUAAUGUAGCCUCAACACACUCAAAUCUAAAUGCUGAUGACUCUAGUCAUCACAACAGGAAUAUUCUGUGAUUUCUUAACAUGUAUAUCCACCUCAUGUUUAUGCUCAUAUAAUGGCUUUCAUAAGGCACUUUAUUCAUUUUUUCAUGUUUGAUUUGGAUUGAGUGAAUCCUAUUUUUUUUUACAAUUCUACUCCUACUUUGUACUUUUUAAUCUGAAUUACACCGUUUUAGUCUUCUGUGAAGGGAUUUAACCAAAGCAAUGGUUUUAAUUGCAUUAACUGAAUCUGCAUUUGACAAUCCUUGUAAUCUUGUUUUGAACGGCCAAUACAGUUUCUUCGGCUUUUCAGAACAUUAAAACUUUUAA